AUGUUUGCACGUCGCGCUACCUUGUCCUGCCUUGAGAUCAAGACGCUACCCUGGUCGUGCCCGUCGGACAGCCGAAGAUACCGUGUAUGGCGGCGACUCGUAACACACUGCUGCCUGCACAGCCUUCGGGUACGACCUAUCGCAGGUCGCCGUUGCGUUGACCACUCUCCUCCAGCGCCACCCGUGCGUCGCGUCACGAAUUAUACGACGCGUCGUGAAAACCGACGUACGUACGGUCCGGUUCUGCCUUGCACGGCAGAGCUGGCGCGAUGGCUGGUAUCGUAA